AUGAUACAAAAACGAGCAGGAGAAAGACUAAUAGUGAUGGGAGAUUUCAACGCAAAGAUUGCAAGGAGCGCUGAGAUGGGGGAAGCUAGUAUUGGAAAUGAAAGAGGCGAAAUGCUACUGGAUUUUGCCCUAAGCAAUAAUCUCAAGAUUGUAAAUAUGCUAUUUAGAGGAAGUAUUGAAGACAAGUGGACUUGGAAAUCCCCAAUUGGAGGCUUGCAUGAGAUCGACUACUUUAUGGUGGAGCAGAGGAACAACACUGUACAACACCUAGCCGUAAUGAAAACAUUCAAGUACGACUCUGACCACAGAAUGCUGAUGAGUGAAAUGAAGCUACAUAAAAGAAGGUUUUCAUCAAACAAAGAAGAACGAGAAUAG